AUGGCCAGCUUGUCUGCUCCCACGCACUCGGCAAUUCCCAACAGGGAGCAAGGACCGAGCAAGAAGCAGUUCCCAGAGGCGGGUGUGAGUCCAACAUUGCCUCGGCCAAAGCUCCGCCUCCACGUUGAAGAUCUAAGGCAUCCUGCUUCAAGUGUCUUUCUCUCAUUCAUUCCAGAUGUUGCCUCGGUGCUAGACAGAGCCUUGGCCAAUAUUGUGGAACAUCUCUAUACACCGAACGCCAAUUCCAAGACCCAGCACCAGCCCAACUUCACGCCAAGUCUCCCACCAACAAGAUCAGUAACGGUCUUUUUGCGGGACUACAGUGGUGUGGCCUACACAACAGGGACAGAGCUUGAUGAUGCCCACAAGGAGAUACAUGUCUCCCUCCCGUAUGUCCAGCACUGUACCUCGGGACCAGCUGCAAAGGAAGAUCCACUACACGAGCUAGUGGGUGUUCUCACGCAUGAGCUAGUACACUGUUAUCAACAUACUGCACCGCCCGGAAGCUCUGUGCGACCCCCGGGCGGGCUUAUUGAGGGAAUCGCCGACUUCGUAAGGCUGAAGGCUGGACUUGAGCCACCCCAUUGGAAAAAGCCGAAUUGUGCCGCUGAGAGACCCCCGAAAUGGGAUAUGGGGUAUCAGCAUACAGCUUAUUUCUUGGCUUGGCUAGAAGAUGUGAAGGCUGGAAAGGGGACCGUUGGGAGAUUAAAUGAUCGACUCCUUAGAGUUGGGUACGUUGCUGAAAAUGAAAAGCAUUCAGAGAAGGAGACAGUCGGGUUUUGGAGGGGUUUGAUUGGAGUAGAGAUCGGAGAGCUGUGGGAAGAGUACGGACGAUAUUUGGAUGACCCGGCUGGGGGCAAGACUCAUGGUAACUGGGAAGAAGAGAUAUUGAAUCCAGAAUGA